ACAACCAAAUGAAUUAAAAACUCUUUCUUUUCCUUUUCUUGAUCUCCUUUUCUAUUCCAUUCCAAUCUCUCUCUCUCUCUCUCUAACACAAAACAACGGCGCUAAAUCUAACGAAAAACUCGUCUCUUCCCCCCUACAAAACUUCAGUUUCAAAACUGGUAGUGGGUGUAUAUUAAGGGGAAAAAGCUGAGGUGGGUUCAUGCAUCUAGUAUCCCACACACUUCAACUCAAAAAUCCAAUCUUUUUCAUUAUUUUUCCAUUAAUCGGACCAUUCAAAGGCUGUUUUUGAUAUGGGUUUUUGUUAAACUUGUUAGUUCUUGAAUGAAUUUGAUUGAUUCUUGAUCUGAAGAAGCGAAUUUUGGUGGUGCUGAGGAUGUGUUCUUGCACGGAUGUCAACUUCAAGAGGAAUUAAGGGUUUUGUAUAAUCUGAUCAAAUUACUCAAAUCGGAGGAUCGGUUUGACGAACCAGAUGUCGAAAACCUUAUCAAUUUUCGCAGCGGUUUCCUUGUUGUUGAUCUGUGUUUCAGCAUCUGAGAACGGGUUCUCAGGGUGUAACUGUGAGGCCGAAGGCUUCUUUGGGUACCGAAACAUAAUGGAAACACAACGAGUGAGCGAUUUCUUAAUAGCAGUCGCUUACUUUUCGAUUCCAAUCGAGCUUCUGUACUUCGUUAGUUGUUCAAACGUCCCUUUCAAAUGGGUACUUGUUCAAUUCAUUCUCUUUAUCGUACUAUGCGGAAUGACACAUUUACUCAACGGUUGGACAUACGAUGCCCACCCGUUUCAACUAAUGCUCGCACUCACCGUGUUCAAGUUCCUAACUGCGUUAGUCUCAUUCGCAACCGCCAUUACGUUAUUCACUCUCAUUCCGUUGCUUUUGAAAGUUAAAGUUAGAGAAUUUAUGCUUAAAAAGAAGUUUUGGGAUCUCGGUAGAGAAAUGGGAAUGAUCAAGAGACAAAAAGAAGCCGGGUGGCACGUUCGUAUGCUCACACAAGAAAUACGAAAGUCUCUCGAUCGCCACACGAUUCUUUACACGACUCUCGAUAAGCUAUCCGAGACUUUAGAUUUGCAAAACUGCGCAAUUUGGAUGCCGGAUGAAGCUAAAACGGUGAUGAAUCUCACUCAUCAGCUAAGAGGCGGCAAUUCGACAACCGGUGAUCGGUUUUGCAUCCCGAUUGACGAUUCCGAUGUUCAAGAAAUCAAACAAAGCGAAGUCGUAAAGUUAUUGGAACCCAAAUCGAGAUUAGCCGAGUUAAGCAGUGGAGGGUCGAGUCAACCGGGAGCCGUUGCUGCAAUCCGUAUGCCGAUGCUUCGAGUUGCCGACUUUAAAGGUGGGACCCCCGAGAUGAUUCAAGCGUGUUACGCAAUAUUAGUUUUGGUUCUACCCGGUGGAAAUUUCCGAUCGUGGACGAAUUCGGAGCUCGAAAUACUCAAAGUCGUUGCGGAUCAAGUAGCCGUUGCGCUCUCGCACGCUGCGGUUUUGGAAGAAUCUCGGCUCAUGAGAGAUAAACUAGUGGCGCAAAACCAAGCGUUACAACAAGCGAAACAGGAUGCGAUGAGGGCGAGUCAAGCGAGAAGCUCGUUUCAAACGGUUAUGAGUAAGGGGUUACGAAAACCGAUGCAUUCAAUCAUGGGUUUGCUUUCGAUUCUACAAGACGAGAAACCAAACAGUCAACAACGUAUACUUGUCGACACAAUGGUCAAGACAAGCAGUGUUCUUUCGAUGCUGAUUAACGACGUAGUGGACGAUUAUUCCAAAGAUAACGGCAAGUUUCUAUUGGAAACGCGGUCGUUUCAGCUUCAUGGUAUGAUCAAAGAAGCUGCGUGUCUUGCAAAGUGUUUGUGUGUUUAUAAAGGUUACGACUUUGACAUAAACGUUGAUAAAUUUUUACCGAAUUACGUAAUGGGAGAUGAAAGACGGGUGUUACAGGUGAUCUUGCAUAUGAUCGGUAAUCUUUUGAGUUGGGGUAACGGAGGUGGAUGUUUAACGUUAAGGAUUUAUCGAGAGAGUGGAAGCGUUGGUAGAAACGAUCAGCAAUGGCGUUCUUGGAGAUCAAAUUCGAAUGAUUGUUCGGUUGUUGUUAAGUUUGAAAUCGGGUUAAGUGAUGCAUUUUCGGUUUGGAAACCGUCUUCAAUUGAUCGGAGAAACCGUCGAUUGGUGGCUGAGGAAAGUUUGAGCUUUAGUAUGUGCAAAAAGUUGGUUCAGAUGAUGCAAGGGAACAUAUGGGUAGUCCCGAAUCCCGUAGAAUUCGAUCAAAGCAUGUCCCUCGUUCUCGCGUUUCAGCUUCGGCCAUCAAUCAUGAUCGGAUUAUCCGAAACCAGCGAAUCAUCCGAUCACAACCCGCAAUCAAACUCAAUGUUUAGAGGCCUUCAAGUUCUUCUAGCCGACGAAGACGAUACAAAUCGUGCGGUAACCCGUAAGCUGCUCGAGAAAUUAGGCUGUGUGGUUACGACCGUAACCUCGGGUUACGACUGUCUCACGGCUCUCAAUCCACCUGUAUCCGCUUACCAAAUCUUGAUAUUGGAUCUACACAUGCCCGAUCUAGACGGGUUUGAAGUUGCGUCGAGGUUAAGAAAGUUUAGAAGCCAAAACUGGCCGUUGAUUAUUGCUUCAACGGCUAGUGCCGAUGAAGAUCUUUGGGAACGAUGCAUGCAAAUUGGGAUCAAUGGGCUUAUCCAAAAACCGGUUCUUUUGAAGGGUAUUGCUAAUGAGUUAAGGAGAGUGUUAAUCCAAGCCAAUAAGGUCUAAUGAAGUCAAAGUCAAGGUCAAAGUCAGUGAUUGAAGAAGGUGGUUGAUUAAUAAACUAACAUAUCUAACUGAGAUAGAGGAUAUUUUGGGUAUUGGUAGACAAUAUAUUAAGAUGUAUAGUGUAAAGAUGGAGUAAAAGAAGGAUUUGAUCUCCUAUAUGAAGCUCUCUUUGAGGAAAUCUUUAAUAGAUUUAAGUAUGCAAGAUUUGUCUUUGUUAAAGGAAUGUUACUUUUUCAUUC